CCAUCCCGAGCUAAAACGACUUUCUGCGCUUCGUCACAAUUUCUCCGUACGGAGGCUCUGUUUUGGGAGGGAAGGAGAGAUUGAGAGAUCUCUACGGUGCCGUUGGAUUCUUCGCUUUGGUCGGAGAUCCGUGUUCUGCACCAUCCGAUCCAACCACAUUGUCCAUCCCCGGCCAGUUUAGGUUACCUCGAAUCUCAAUUCGAUCCUUUUUCAACGGCUGCUAUUUCCUCGAGCUUCUUCUUGGAAUUUUAGACAGCUGGUAUGGGAACAGAGGAGGUUAAGAAAGCUUUGGAUGUUAGCGAUUGGAAAUCGGGAGUGGCUUAUGACCAGUGGAUAGCACUCCCCGUCUCUGGUCAACGGCCACCAGCUCGCUACAAGCAUGCUGCCGCAAUGGUUGAUGAGAAAUUAUAUGUUGUUGGUGGAAGUCGUAAUGGUCGGUACCUGUCUGAUGUUCAGGUAUUUGAUCUUAAAAGUUUGGCAUGGUCUAAUCUAAAACUGAAACAACCAAAUGCUGAUGAAUUUGAGGACAGAGGCUCACUGGGAAUUCUUCCAGCCACCUCAGGUCACAAUUUGAUUAAGUGGGGAAAUAGACUUCUUCUCAUUGGUGGGCAUUCAAAGAAAGCAUCUGACAAAAUAACAGUGUUAUUCAUCGAUCUCGAAACACAUCUCUGUGGUGUCCUUGAGACCUCAGGAAAAGUGCCGGGAGCCUUUGGGGGGAAUUCUGCAACUCUUGUUGGUUCCAGAGUGAUAGUUUUUGGUGGAGAGGACAAGAGCAGGAGAUUGUUGAAUGAUGUCCAUGUUCUCGAUCUGGAAACAAUGACUUGGGAUUUGUUGGAGGCAACGCAGACACCUCCAGCUCCCAGAUUCGAUCACACAGCUGCAGUGCAUGCGGAACGUUACCUUUUAGUUUUUGGCGGUUGUUCUCAUUCUAUUUUCUUCAAUGACCUACACGUACUGGAUUUGCAGACUAUGGAAUGGUCCCAACCACAAAUCCAGGGUGAUUUAGUGACUGCCAGAGCUGGGCAUGCUGGAAUAAACAUUGAUGAAAACUGGUAUAUAGUUGGUGGUGGAGAUAAUAAAAGUGGUUGCCCUGAGACUUUAGUGUUAAAUAUGUCUAAGCUAGUUUGGUCUGCAUUGACAACUGUGAAGCCCAGGGAUCCGCUUGCUAGUGAGGGACUGAGUGUUUGCUCGGCACUAAUUGAUGGUGAGAAGUAUUUGGUUGCCUUCGGUGGCUACAAUGGGAAAUACAGCAAUGAGGUUUUUGUUAUGAAACCAAAACCCAGGGACUCAUCACGUCCCAAGAUUUUCCAGUCACCAGCAGCGGCUGCAGCAGCAGCUUCUGUUACUGCUGCAUAUGCCUUAACCAAAGCUGAAAAGUUAAAUUUCACAAAAGCAGAAGAUUCAAACUCUAAGGAGGCUGAAAACAGUUUUUCUGAACAAGAUGUUACAAAUGAGAUUAAGGCCAUCAGAGAAGAGAAAGAUGUGUUGGAGCUGUCACUUGCAGAAGUCACAGCUGAAAAUACUAGGCUUAGGGGACAGAUCGGAGAGAAAAAAGGCACUCAUUCUGAGUUGUCGAAGGAACUCGUUUCAGUCCAAGGUCAACUAAUAGCCGAGAGAUCAAGAUGUUUUAAGCUGGAGGCGCAAAUCACAGAAUUGCAAAAGGUUCUAGAAUCAGUGCAGUCCAUAGAGAAUGAGGUACAGGUACUUCGGAGACAGAAGUCUGCAUUUGAGCAGGAUAUGGAACUAGCUUCAGCUGUUCAGAGCCAAGGUUCUGGUGGUGUUUGGCGAUGGAUAGCUGGGGGCACUGGCAAUGCAUAAAAGUUGAAUAUUUGUGCCUAGAAAUUUUAUCAGGGAAUAAUUCAAUCGGUUAGCAGUCGCUGCUAAGAGUAUAAUAUGUUCUUAAGCUUUGGCAGAUCACAGCAGUUGCUAUUUGGAAAACCUCUGGUGAUUUUCGACCAUGGUUUGCAAGCGCACAAUGGG